AUGCCUAUCUGGAAGAUCUUCCACUCUCCCGGCAUAUUCGAAGACCCAGCAGAGCGACAAGAGCUCGCCAAAUCCAUAACCGACUACUACGUCGUUGUAGGCCUGCCAGCAUACUAUGUCAACGUACAAUUCUGGCCUCUGCCUUCCGACCGCUACUUCACAGGAGCGAAUCCAGUUUCCAAGACAGUUUUUGUCGAGAUAAUCCACGUAGCCAGAAGACUGGACCCAACGAACAAGCAGAUGGCGACCAGAAUGAAGAACCGAAUGGACAAAAUCCUCAAACCAUACACAAUAGAUCGUGGUAUUCAUCUCGAAUAUGCGAUCGCUGAGGGCGCAGCGGAGUUAUGGAGAAUCAAUGGUGUUGAUCCUCCUGAGUCUUUUGGUCCAGAUGAACGGGAACAGGCGGCGCAUAAUAAGAAGUUGUUGGAUGAAAUGAGGAAGAACUUUGAUUAUGACAAGAGCUCUGUUACGCGGAGCCGCUUGUAG